AUGGAGUCUGGCAACAGAUCAAAAGUCACAUUGUUGAUUCUCGGAGGUGGCUGGACAUAUCAAUUUCUGCAGCCGGUGCUCGAAACCGAAAAAAUCACUUACGCGGCAACAACAACAACUGGUCAUGAUAAUACCAUCGCCUUUAAAUUCGACCCGAACUCGGACGACCUCGAGGCAUUCAAAAUACUGCCGGACGCCGACUUCAUCCUCAUAACAUUCCCACUUCGAGGCCGUGGCCCGUCCACCAAGUUACUUUCUAUGUAUCAUAAAACCCAUGAUCAUACCAGUAACGGCGAGAUCUCCAAGGAGAGAGGUCCAAAAUGGAUCCAAUUCGGAUCAACAGGCAUCUACACGCAUUCUGGCUGGAGCGAUGAGAGUUCCCCUAUCGACGAUGCCAAUGAAAGGGCCAUUGCGGAAAUGGAGCUCAUCGAACUCGGGGGUUGUGUCAUGAAUCUUGCAGGGCUCUAUGGCGGGAGCCGCCAACCCAAGAAUUGGGUCAGUCGUGUGGCGAAGUCGAAAGAGCAGCUCGCGGCGAAAGGGGCCUUGCAUCUCAUUCACGGUCGAGAUGUGGCCAGAGGAGUCGUGGGCAUCUUGAAGAGUGAGGGCGACCAUGGCCAGGCUAAAUUGUUUGGGAGGAGGUGGAUUGUUGCUGACGGUGUGUCGUAUGACUGGUGGGCACUGGUGUGGAAUUGGAUGGGCAAGCAAGAGGGGGAUGACAGUAACGAAACUUCCGAGGAGAAGGUCAAGUAUCGCAGCUGGGUCUCGGAGUUACUGAGGGAACAGAACAUCAAAGGACUGCCUCGAGAUAUGGAACUUUUGGGUCGUAAGUUAGAUGCUCGUGGUUUCUGGCAUGCGAUCGGCAUUCUACCGGAGAUGUCGAUUACAGGGUCAUGA